AUGCCGGUCGUUAGCCCAGAGAAGCUGGCUAAGCUCCAGCAAAACGCUGAUGAUAUCUGCAUCAUGGCCCAUGUGGACCAUGGGAAAACCUCUCUUACCGAUGCCCUCCUCGCCACAAACGGCAUCAUCUCACCAAAAUUAGCCGGCAAGAUCCGGUACUUAGACUCACGGCCAGACGAACAACUCAGAGGCAUUACCAUGGAGUCAUCAGCCAUAUCUCUUUACUUCUCCAUGCUACGGAGACCAGCCCCGGACGCUAGCCCUGAGCAAAAAGAGUACCUCAUUAAUCUUAUAGAUUCACCCGGACACAUCGAUUUCAGCAGCGAGGUAUCUACGGCGUCCCGGUUAUGCGACGGCGCGGUAGUCUUAGUCGACGCUGUGGAGGGAGUUUGUAGCCAGACCGUUACCGUCUUGCGACAGACAUGGACGGAGAAGCUCAAACCGCUGCUCGUGAUCAACAAAAUCGACCGUCUGAUCACGGAGCUGAAGAUGACGCCGGGCGAGGCAUACAUUCAUCUCAGCAAGCUGCUGGAACAGGUCAACGCCGUGCUAGGCAGCUUCUUCCAGGGCGAGCGCAUGGAGGAGGACCUUAACUGGCGAGAACGGAUAGAAGCGCGGGUCGCUGCGUCUGCGGCCAAGGAAACCAAGAUUGCGGACCAGAUUACGGAUUCUGGGGAGGUCCAGUUCGAAGAGAAGGACGAUGAAGAAAUCUACUUUGCGCCAGAAAAGAACAACGUCAUUUUCGGCAGCGCUAUUGACGGGUGGGCGUUUACUGUGAGACAGUUCGCGGGGUUGUACGAGAAAAAGCUGGGGAUUAAGCGCAGCCUGUUGGAAAAGGUGCUAUGGGGGAACUUUUACUUGGAUCCCAAGACCAAAAAGGUGCUCGGUCCGAAGCACUUGAAAGGGCGCCCAUUAAAACCGCUUUUUGUCCAGCUGGUCCUGGACCAAAUCUGGAGUGUCUACCAAGCCACCGUCGGCGACGGUGAUGGGAAGGGUGACAGUGCUCUUCUCGAGAAGAUCACCAAGUUCCUCAACGUUACCAUCCCACCACACGUCCUCCGAUCACGCGACCCGAAACUACUCCUUACGACGGUCUUCGCCUCCUGGCUCCCCGUAUCCGUCGCUCUCCUAGUUUCUGUCGUCGAGUCCCUCCCAUCACCAAGCACCGCGCAGGCCGAGCGGUUCCCAAUUUUACUCGAAGAGGUUCCCGGAGCCAGCCAUAUCGACGCCAGGGUCAAGGAUGCCGUGGUAUCUUUCAAAAAGGGCCCAUCAGAUCCCGUUCUUGCCUACGUCAGCAAGAUGGUAUCAGUUAAGGAGAGCGAGCUGCCGGAAAACAAACGCCGCGGACCGAUGAGCGGCGAAGAGGCGCGAGAGCUGGCCCGGAAGAAGCGUGCCGAAGCAGCGCGCGCUCAGGGGCAGAUGUCUGAGGGGGCAAACGAUAUGGACGCCCUUGAAUCUGCGUUCUCUCGGGCAGCGAUUGAUCAGGACGUGCCGGCGGAACAUGAAAGGGAGAUCGAAGCGGAGCAUCUCAUCGGCUUUGCGCGCAUUUACUCGGGUACAUUAUCCGUUGGUGACGAGAUUUACGUUCUCCCGCCUAAGUUCUCACCUGCCCAUCCCCUUGCCGACCCACCCCCCAAAAAGGUGACAGUGACGGGUCUUUACAUGAUGAUGGGCCGGAGUCUGGAAGCCCUUGACUCGGUGCCUGCCGGCGUGGUGUUUGGGGUCCGCGGGCUCGAAGACAGCGGGAUUCUCAAGUCCGGGACGUUAUCCAGCCAAGUUGAGGGGGCGAUCAACCUGGCGGGUAUCGCCAACCUCCAAGGCCGUCCGAUCGUGCGGGUGGCCUUGGAGCCCGUCAACCCGGCGGAUCUGGACAAGAUGAUCAAGGGUCUUCACCUUCUCGUCCACAGCGAUCCGUGUGCUGAGUACGAACAGUUUGCUACCGGCGAGCACGUUCUCUUGACGGCUGGUGAGUUGCACCUGGAACGUUGUCUGACAGAUUUGCGCGAGCGGUUUGCGGGCUGCGAGAUCCAGCGUGGUGCGCCCAUCGUGCCGUACCGGGAGACCAUUGCUCGUGCGGAGGAGAUGCGGCCGCCGGUGAACAAGGAGCUGGGCCGUGGCGUGGUGGUUGGCGUGACGAGUUCGAAGCAGGUUAACAUUACCGUACGGGUGCGGCCUUUGCCGCGGGAUGUAACCGACUUUUUGUCUCGUAACGCUGGCGGUAUCAAGAGGUUGUAUUCGGACCGUAAAGGCGGGGAAGAAGGGAAGAGCGAAGGCAGUCCAUCAUCUGGGGUAGAGACCCCCGUGGAGAACGGCGAGACUAACGAGGAAGAGGACGAGGACGUGGAAGACGAGGAAGGGCUUCCCACAGCAAGCAAAACUCUUUCACCUGAAGAGCUCUCUAAGCAGCUCCAAGCUCAACUCGACAGCGAAAAGGACCGUCUCGACUCCUGGAAGGGUAUUGUCGACCGUAUUGUCUCCUUUGGACCACGACGAACCGGGCCCAACCUGCUCAUCGACGCGACCAAAGGGCAGUUCCUUCCCAAGGCCUUUUCUAACUCCAGCUCUAACCAUCCCGAUAACAACAUCGCAACAACCCGCCCAUCCGCCAACGAAUCCCUCAACUCGAACCACUUCUCCGACAAGAUCACCUACGCCUUCCAGCUCGCCACUCACCAAGGCCCGCUGUGCAACGAGCCGGUGCAGGGGAUCGCGGUAUUCAUCGAAGACGUGUCUGUGGUGUCUUCUGCUCCGUCAGCCGAGGGUAGCAGUGGUGGUGGUGACGAGGAGACAGUAUCGGCGCGUGACAACCUUGGCCGGCUCACGGGCGAGGUGAUCAAGACGGUUCAGCAGUCGAUUCACAAGGCCCUACUGGACUGGUCGCCGCGGCUGAUGCUGGCGAUGUAUUCGUGUGAGAUUCAGGCUUCGACCGAAGUCCUCGGCCGCGUCUACGACGUCCUCACCCGCCGCCGGGGCCGCGUCCAAUCCGAAGCCAUGAACGAAGGCACGCCCUUCUUCACCAUCACGGCCCUAAUCCCCGUCGCCGAGUCCUUCGGUUUCGCCGACGACCUACGCAAGCGCACCUCCGGCGCCGCCCAACCACAGCUCCGCUUCGCCGGGUUUGAGGUCCUGGACGAGGACCCCUUCUGGGUGCCGUUUACUGAGGACGAUUUGGAGGAUCUGGGGGAGUUUGGGGAUAAGGAGAAUGUGGCAAAGCGGUAUAUGGACGGGGUGAGGCGGCGGAAGGGGUUGUUGGUGGAGGGGAGGAAUGUCGCGACUGAUGCGCAGAAGCAGAAGACGUUGAAGAGGUAG